AUGAUACGACUUAUUCAACGUUUACUUAAAUAUACAUCAAUAAAACAUAUUGAUUAUCAAUUAUUAAUUGAUUCAUUGGGUAAAUUACGUGAAAUAGCAAAAAAAUUAAAUGAACAAAAGUUUCUUGCUGCACAUCAUAAUUAUAUAGAAAAAUUUAAAGUUAUUGAACUUCAACAAGAAUUAACAACAAUACAACUACAUUUAACUCGUUUUCUUUUCUCCGAUUGUCUUGAAUAUAUGCGAAAAGCAUUCGGUAUGAAAAUAUAUUCCACUUAUUUAAUUGGGGAAUAUUCAAAGUUUAUUUGA